AUGGUGACCUUCCGUGUCAUGCGCGGAGGAAUGGCGGAGGAAGGGCUGCAGGAAGCCGUCAUGCUCUUCGCCAGCGCCCGGACGACUGCGUCCGAGAUCCGCUCCUCGUCGGUACCGCACCAGGCGUGGCUCAUGAGCUUGCACGACUUCAUGUUCGUCCGGUUUGCCGAGGACAUGCACGGCGAAGAGCGCUCCUACAGCGAAGCGACGCGCCAAAUUCUGCGGCUUUUCGGUGGCAUGCGUGACCUGGGUGGACGCCUCGUUUACCCCGACGCCCAGCUCGCCCCAUGA